CUCUAGCAGUGACAGGCUCUUGUGCACAUAGUGUUGCUGAGUUCGUUGGUCCAGGAUUUGUGGACUUAUGGUUAUAAAAACACCCUUGGGGUAAGGCUCAGCAAAUGGCAGUCGAGGGAGGUAGAAACCCAAGUGCAACUGGGUGUGUGAAUGGGCUAGGAGUGUGCAAAUUGCUACAGACUAACUGUAUUACAUGCAGAUAAUCACUGCAGAAGCACAAGUUGGUGGACCUUUUGCUUCCAAUGCAGUACCUAUCCUUAGAUGGCACAGUUCACUGUAUUGCACUAGACUUGAAAUUGUCAUUUUUAAGUGUUUUUUUCAGCCAUGCAACUACUGCAGAAGGAGAAGUUUGUAGACCUUUUGCUUCUGAUGCUGUACCUGUCCUUAGGUGGCCUAUCUGUGGCUGUGUCUGUCAUGUUUUCAAUCAUUCUCUAUCUUAUUUUGUGUCUCUUUGUGUCCGAACAUGUUCACAAGUGGGCUUGUUUUCUAAAUGAAAAUGAAAUGAACUCAGUGGAUGUUUUCAAGUUGGGAGUGGACGCACUGAAAGAGGAGCUACAACGACGAUGGCUGGACACCCGCGGGCCGAGAACAGAGCUCGCAAAGCGGCUACAGGACGCACUAGAAGCUGAGGCCUCAGCAGAGGAGACGGAUGAAGAAUGGGACGAUUAUUCUGAAGCAGAGGUGAAGGUGGUGGUGAAGGAGGAGGAGGAGGAGGAGGAGGAGGAGGAGGAGGAGGAGGAGGAGGAGUGCGAGCCAGUGCCGGUGACAGACCCUCGCUGCCGUCUCGAAGAGGGGAGACCCUCCCCAUCAACGCUGAGCCGCAAGAGAGCGCUGGAGGAGGGUCCGGGGCGCGGCGCACACCCCAAGAAACUCCAGCAGAAGAGGACCCCACCCCAGCUGCUGGACCUGGACUCGGGAGACUGGACCUACGGGACCCGGAAGCCCAAUUUCACAGAGUCUGAGACACGGGUCCUGGUGGAGAAGAUCCUGAGGAACCGGCACACGCUGUUCUCCCCGGACUCGUGGCGCCCGCCCCCCCAGGAGAGGCAGCAGUGCUGGGAGGAGAUCAGGGAGGCGGUGAACGCAGUGAGCGAGGUGAGUCGCGAGGUGAAGGAGCUGAAGAGACGCUGGCAGAUACUCAAGAAGAAGAUGAAGGACAGGCUGGGGGGAGCGCAGGAUGGCACGGAGCUGAGGCUGUGUGGCUGGGAGGAGAGCAUCGUGGGGUUCCUGAAGGACGAGGUGAUGGAGUGUGGGUUCAGCAGCCUGACAGGAUCACAAGCCCGGCAUCCCCCAGACACAGACUCUGCUCCGGAGAGGCUCUGUGUGAAGAGCUCCUCAUCCUCCCCUUGCCUGCCUGAGAGCUUCCAGCCCCUCACAUUCAUCAACGAGGGGGGGAAGGUUCUGCCCACAGUGCGCUCCCCCAAACUGGCCACUCCGAGCCCAGGGCCAACACACAGACAGCCUGAGACUAAAGCAGAGGCACCAUCAGGGGGGAAGCAGACUGAGGUAGCCAGUAAACCCAUGGGAGUGCCCCUCACAAAGCACCAGCCAGCCCUGGAGGACCUCCCGCGUGCUGCCGAAGCGCUGGGGUCCCAGGCUACUCUGCUGAGGGAGUGGAGAGAGCAGCAGCCCCAGCAUAUUGCUGUGUUACAGGAGCUGAGGGAGUGGAGAGAGCAGCAGACCCAGCACACUGCUGUGUUACAGGAGCUGAGGGAGUGGAGAGAGCAGCAGACCCAGCACACUGCUGUGUUACAGGAGCUGAGGGAGUGGAGAGAGCAGCAGACCCAGCACACUGCUGUGUUACAGGAGCUGAGGGAGUGGAGAGAGCAGCAGACCCAGCACACUGCUGUGUUACAGGAGCUGAGGGAGUGGAGGGAGCAGCAGCAGACCCAGCACACUGCUGUGUUACAGGAGCUGAGGGAGUGGAGAGAGCAGCAGACCCAGCACACUGCUGUGUUACAGGAGCUGAGGGAGUUAAGAGAGCAGCAGACCCAGCACACUGCUCUGCUGAGGGAGUGGAGAGAGCAGCAGACCCAGCACACUGCUCUGUUAGGCUCCCUGAGCCAGCAGGUGUGCUCAGUCGUUCAGCACAUGGCAGACAUGGCCAAUACCUUCACGAGCAUGGCAGCUGUAGCACAUUCUGUGCUGUCCCAAGCCAACAAUACAGAGGCUGUACAGCAACAGGAGGAGACAGAAAACAAACCCAGACAGAUGUAACAA